GUUAACUGAAAGCCUAAAAGCGUGAAGUUGCGCUCCUUGCGGCGCAACGAAGUGGAUUGAUUAUUCCUAAUAUGUGUCUCCCGUGAUGACCGCUAGGUGAUACAACGGUCGCAUUAUGAUGGCCGAGUAACGUUGCUGCCUUGUGAGUGUGUCAACAAAAACCAUUGUGCUAGGUGUACUCCCAUCUAGACUACCGAUGUUUUGUCGCUUUUCUUUACGAGGCCCCUGAGGCACCCGGCAUGAAACGCAAGAAGAGCCCGCAGCCGGGCCACCGGGUGCUGGUGCCACCUGCUGACAGCCCCGGGCCCUUGUCGCCCCUGCAGCACGGCCCGCCACCGAUGCGUGCACGGGGCUCCUCUGCGGGCUCCCUUGACGACGACAUGGUGGCCGACAACACAACACUGGAGGGUCUGGGGCCUGCACUAGUGGCCAGCUCUUCGCUGCUGGCCAAUGGGGGUGCAGCAGCGGCAGAAGCUGGAGGUGGUGCGGCUGCACCUGGCGCAGACGAAACAGACACGCUACUGGCUCACACACCUGACCUGCACCGAACCAGGGCAGCCCUGGAACACGUCAGCCACAAGAUCGCUCGGACUAGGGAGCUCAUCAAGGCUGAGCAGACGACUCGCGAUGACAAUGUGAACGAGUACCUGAAGCUGGCGGCAAAUGCGGACCGUCAGCAGAUGCAGCGCAUCAAGAGCGUCUUUGAGAAGAAGAACCAGAAGUGUGCCCAAUCCAUCGCCCAACUGCAGCGGAAGCUGGAGGGGUACAUUCGGCGCAAACGCGAACUGGAGACCCAUGGAGCCACCACGUCUUCCUCCUGGCAGCCGCGAGACGUCCUGCAGAAUGUAGGGCAAGGCAUCAGUGGAGUAGUUGGCAACAUCAAGGGUGGGCUGUCUGGCCUGGCGUCCGUGGCGCACUCAUCAACCGACAACAAGUAUGCAUCAGACGAGGACAGCUCGAGCCUGACAUCCGAGUCGAGCCAGAUGGCAUCUGUGUCGCACCACUCGGGUGCCGUCGGUGGUGGGAUGGGAUCAGGAGCAGCCACAGCCAGCCCUCGGCAUCCGCCACUGGCUCCUCCCCAGGACCAGCCUCCGCUGCUCGGCGUGGCUAGCCCGUCCGUUGCCCCACCCCCUCUUUCUUCCACGCUUGGUCAGAGCUUGGUUCCUGAAGCAGAGCUUGAGCCCUUGCUUGCCGAGCUUGCUGAGCGGCGAGAAGAAUGCCAACGCCUGGCAGAGGAGAUUGAGGCGCUUAAGGUGUUCAUUUUCGGCUCUGCCUGCAAACUGGAGACUGCGAAUCAGCUGCACCACGAAUGUUCCUACUUCAGCCAAGCCUUGCAAGAGGAGCGGUACAGGUAUGAGAUGCCCCUGGUUCCAGCUUCGUGCUGGCAAGCAGAUCAAGCAACUUGCAGGCACGAUGCCACAGAGCGUCUGGAGGAGCAGAUGAAUGAUCUGAUCGAGCUGCACCAGAAUGAGAUGGAGAACCUGAAGCAGGGCAUGGCAGACAUGGAGGAGAAGGUUCAAUACCAAAGCGAGGAGCGCCUGCGAGACGUCCAAGAGCUUCUCGAAAGCUGUCAGACACGGAUCAGCCGCAUGGAGCACCAGCAGCACCAGCAACUACAGCAGCUGGUGAGCCUGGAUGCCCUGGACAACUCGCAGGCACGUGCCCUGGGCCUCAAGCUGGUCAAUGUCCUGCUCAUGCUACUCCAGCUGGCCCUGCUCCUCGUCUCCACGAUAGCCAACAUUGCCAUGCCCUUCCUUCAGUCCAGGUUACGAAUUAUCACCACCGCUCUUCUGAUCCUGGCCAUCGUCUCUGCAGCCAAGCAGUGGCAGGAGCUGUCGGCCUGGUUUCGACUACAACUGAACGAAGCACUCGAGAGAUGGAAAUGAGCAAACGCAGGGAAUCGCUGUUCAUUGCUGACCAGCCAGCCGCACUUGCGUCCAGGCCGGCCUCCGCGUGGCCCGCUUGUGCCUCAAGUUCUGGCUGAAGCAACGUUCGUGACGGGCACCGGCUCAGAAUCCCCACCUUGAGUCACGCUGAGCCGCGCCGUCGGCGUUGCAUUUGACACCAAGCAAAAAUGGCCCGCAUGCCGAGACUAGCCCAAACCGGAGAGGAGCAGACGUCAUCGCCUGUCGGACAAAAGCUCUGCACUGCUGUGCCCUUUCUUUCUGAACUCCCUGCGGGAGUGAGUCGUGCAUAGUUGUGUCGUUUCAGACUGUUCUCUGUUCAUCCCGUUGCGUGUUGUCUGUCCUUUGAAGCAUGCACUGCUGCAGAAUCAACUCGCAUGACAUUGUUUGGAAUGGCUACCACUGCACAGUGCUCGUGCUGCUGCCUUCUGCACGGUGCCGACACAGCAGCAGCCCCCUUCCUUCCUUGAGCACAGCUGCACCCCACCAUUUAACAGAUAGAUUGGUUGGUGCCUUACGAAUUGUCACCGUGGAGAGAAGCAUUUGUUUGUUGUUAGCACACCCGAAAUAAUUUUGUUGUUUUUGUUUUAGUUUAACAGCUGCUUUUAUGAGCAGGAGUGGUCUGCGUGUGCAGUAGUAAUUUUGCUUGCUUUUUGGUUAGGAGCAGCAAGAGUACCGAUUCUCUCUCUCUCUCUCAGCUUUCCCCCACAUUUUGUUUUGUGCAGUGAAAAUGCUACACUGAGACAGUUUUGUGCAGCUGACAAAUUUUUGUUUCCAUCAUUUUCACUGCAUGAAAAUCUUUACUCUGCCGUGCCACCGCCCGUGCAUUCAAGCCAGCUUCAUCGCGAGAACUUGGAUCUUGGGCCUAAUAAUGUCUUACUAAAUGAAGCACAUUGAGAGCUGUCGCACUACGAAACAUUCCAAAGCAUAUCAUGCGAGUGACUUCAUAGCAGCUGUUACUGCACCGGCUUCCUGAACUUUGUGUGACAAAGUAGGAUUGCUGGUCACGUCAAGCUUUUAAGGCAGUAAGCGUGUUGUAUACACACUACAUGUAGACUGGCGUACAUGUGUGUACGAUGUGUAAGUCAUUCUUUUAAAUAUUCUGUGAUAAGUGAGCAAAGGGAUUUUGGGAGUUGUGGCAUCAACUGUGUGAGCCCUGCCGUUUGAGGCAUGACAUUUUACCUCGCCAACAGGCCCGUCGGAAAACUCAACACAAACUGCCUGUUGCCUAAUUUCCUCGGGACAAUUGUGUAAGCAGUUCUUCCACGAUGCUGCUUUCCUCUUGUUUUUCCCUCGUCCUCAAUAGGCCGGGCAAGUGUGUCGCAUUUGGAUGCUUGGCCCAUUAUUAACGUGCUUUAUAGGGCAUCAUGUUAUAGUGACGACAGUGUUGCUCUGCAAUCACAUUGUUUGUUCUUUUUCUUGCACUUGGUCUUCAUUGCAGCGAGGCCUGUGUUGUAGGCAAAUGAAUUUGAUGCAUUCCAGAUCAGACUGGUGAUCGUACCACGUAGGUUGGUGUCUGUCAUGACUCUUGCUUUGAUUUAUGCCUGGAAACAUGGAAAUUCUGUGUGCUGCUGUCUGAGACAGCAUCCAUUUCAUCAGUUUUUUUUUGUUUUUUUUAAGAUGUAGUUGAAAAGCAAGGCCUGAUGUCAUCUGCAUGUGAGCAAAACAAAAGCAUUUGAAUUCCACUUAGAUCUGCAUGUUUUUCGCGGCAGAGCUGUCACUUGUGCAAAGCAGAAUGUACUACUAGGGGAGAGCUUGUGCAUUUUGAAGAUACAGGAUGGUAGUGGUUUCGCAGUUUAUAGAUGUGUCUAUACAAUAUUGGCUUUGCUGCAAUACCAAAGUAUCAUGCUCUUGUCAGAGGAAAAUGAGAUUGUAUGAAGUGAACACUUUUUAACAGCGUCACAGUGAUAUUGUUAUGCUGAAGUGACCUAGGCUGUUUAUUAUACCUUAGUCUUUGAUGACUGAAAGUGCUGUCUCAUCGAAAAUGAAGUUAUUGGCAGAUGUCUUAUUUGUUGGUAUUGUCACAGGGAAUGUAGAUAUUGAGUAUGUGAUGUGUCUAAAUUAUAUCAUUGGCAAUGUUGUUUAAUGAAUCACAAACACUUUGGUAGGUGUUUCAAAGGUUGAAUAAAAAGGAAAGUGUACUUGA